CGCGCCGAGAGCGAUAUGGACGCCGUGUUCGCCUGGCUGCUCCUGAGCGUUGUGGCCUACACAACCGAUGCAGCGGCAAGACCUCAGGUCGACUACGACUACGUCAUUGAGAACAACCAGACUGACGAUGGCAGCAGCACUUCAUGCGUGUUCGAGGGCACCACAUACGCUGACGGUGAUGAGUGGCAGCCGGACCAGUGCACAACGUGCAAGUGCCUACUUGGAAACAGUGUUUGUGAUUCGGAGCAGUGCCCGAGACUGGAGUGCACCGAUCAGUAUGUGCCUUUGGGACAGUGUUGUCCUGUGUGCACAGGGGACAGCAGGGAAGUCUUCAGGCCAGCGACAGUGCAUCCCGACACUCCUGAACCUACACACGGAGCGGCGUCACCUGAGCCACUGCCGUAUCCAGAGUAUCCGGUGCUGACGUUUCCCGGACCAAGGGGGCCUCCUGGAGAACACGGAUCGCCGGGACGUCCUGGAGAACGCGGCUCUCCUGGCGAACCUGGUUUUCAUGGCGUCCCUGGAAGUCCUGGGCCUCCGGGACCACCUGCAGAUCUUUCACAAUGGUUUCAUCAGCUGUCUCUUCACCAAGGGCCAUUGAAUGGAGACAAAGGACCAGCUCCUGAUGCUUUCCAGUUCAUGCAAGCUUCUGUGGGGCCUGUAGGAGCACGUGGCGUACCAGGCCCUCGAGGUUCUCCGGGCCUGCAAGGGUUUCCAGGACUACGAGGAGAACCAGGCGAAGCAGGUUUGCAGGGUCCACCAGGACAUCAAGGCGAAAGAGGACUUCCGGGAAUUCCAGGAAAAGACGGAGAGGCGGGUGAAGAUGGCAGGCCUGGACCACCGGGCCCACCUGGCACUAUGGGUGAAAGAGGACUUCCUGGUAUGCCCGGACUCCCAGGUGUCAAAGGCCAUAGGGGUUUCCCAGGCCUCGAUGGCACUAAAGGGGAACAGGGUCUUCAAGGUGAAAAAGGGUCAGCAGGAGCGCCAGGAAGACAAGGGCCACCGGGAGCAAUUGGCCCAGCUGGGCCACGAGGAGAGCGAGGCAGAGAUGGACCUCCAGGACCACCGGGAAUACGAGGAAUCGACGGUCUCCCAGGGCCACCAGGAUCACCGGGUCCCGUGGGGCACCCCGGCCCACCAGGAUUACCCGGGUCACCAGGAAUAAAGGGCAUGCCGGGAUCUGCGGGUCACAAAGGUGAACAAGGCAUGAAGGGAGAAAUGGGACCAAUAGGCCCAAGGGGCAUCGCUGGGCCUCCCGGUUCAUCGGGAAAAAGGGGUAAGCCAGGAGCCAGUGGACCUCAAGGUGCCCAAGGAUCUCCCGGGGAAAGGGGUACUCCGGGUUUACGAGGACUUCCGGGAUCUGAUGGACUACCUGGCCCGAAGGGUGCACAAGGAGAUAGGGGUUCCCACGGACCUCAGGGAGCGAAGGGUUCUACAGGUGACGCUGGAAGGCCAGGAGUGCCAGGUCUGCAGGGUAUUCGAGGCCCUCCGGGAAUUCCUGGCAUCCCCGGAAAGGACGGUCUGCCUGGCGAAAGGGGCCUGCCCGGUAUGGAUGGAAAACCAGGCGAGCAAGGCAUGCAAGGCACACAAGGUCUAUCAGGGUUGCCUGGACUGCCUGGCCCGAAGGGAGAUCAGGGGGAGGCCGGCGCUGAAGGUCGCCAAGGCCCACCAGGCAUUCAAGGCCCGCGUGGUGAUCCUGGCAAGGAAGGAUCAAUGGGAGCCACCGGACCCCCUGGACGGCCGGGAGAGACAGGAGAGCGUGGUUUGGCAGGACCCAUGGGCCCAAGAGGCUUCCAGGGACUGCCGGGCCUGCCCGGCCUGCCCGGCCCCGAUGGCAAGGAGGGCCAACAAGGCGCCGCUGGACCAAUGGGCCCACCGGGUCCGCAUGGAGAGCGUGGGGAGAGAGGAUUUGCCGGUGAGAGGGGCCGAGCUGGCCUUCCAGGGCCACAGGGCAUGCGUGGCGAGGCUGGCCCCCCAGGACCUACCGGUGCGACGGGACUUCCUGGUGAGAAAGGAUCCAAGGGACAUGCUGGACCUCCGGGGCUUGUGGGUCUACCUGGACGUCGUGGUGACGUUGGCCAACCAGGAGCCAAAGGAUCUCAUGGUGAGCAAGGUCCACCAGGUCCCGAGGGGCCACCAGGUCGGACAGGAGACCAGGGUCUGCAGGGACCGGCCGGAUCUCCUGGUCCUCACGGAGAGCCCGGAGAAAAGGGAGAGCCUGGAGUGCCAGGUCCAGCUGGCGUAACCGGAGCACCAGGAAUGCAAGGAGACCGGGGAGUGGCCGGACCACCGGGACCACCCGGAUUUCCUGGACCUACGGGUGCCCCGGGCGCGGCAGGUGCCAAGGGUACGUCUGGUGCCCCAGGUGUCAAGGGACAGCAAGGAGAUGCCGGACCGCAAGGACCACGUGGAGAGACUGGACCACAGGGUGCCCAUGGACUUUCUGGGCCUAAAGGACCACGCGGCGAGACUGGCCCAAAGGGCGACAAUGGCUUCGUAGGAGCUCCUGGUCGACCUGGUGAGCCUGGGAGUCCGGGUGAACCUGGGAACCCUGGGCUGCAAGGACCAGCCGGAGCACCAGGCAUCAAGGGCGCUGCCGGUGAAGCUGGAAGAGUAGGAGCUCCAGGGCCAGUGGGCUCUCCCGGACCCCUUGGUUUUCCUGGACCCAAAGGAGAAGCUGGCGCCGAAGGCCCAGCCGGACAUCCAGGGAGCCAGGACCACAAGGCCCCCAGGGAGACCGCGGCCGCCCGGACUACCGGGAUACAAGGACCCCUGGACCAGGAGGACCCCGGGGCCCACAGGGUGAAAAGGGCCAGGAGGGAAAGAGGGGCAGCGAUGGUCAAAUGGGUCCGCUGGGCCCCCCUGGACAUCCAGGCCCACCGGGGAGUACAGGAGAGCUGGGUUCUCCGGGCCUGCCUGGCAAGGAAGGUCCGCCUGGCAUCCAAGGACGGCCUGGUGACAAGGGACCAGUUGGGCUGCCCGGACAGCCUGGACCACCGGGCAUCCAAGGUUUGCAGGGUCCUCCGGGCAAUGCAGGUCCUGUGGGUUCCACUGGAGAACGUGGCGAACGUGGUGAAACUGGGCCACCUGGAGUCCGUGGGCCGCAGGGACAGAGGGGACCGCAAGGGGCACCUGGGCCACAGGGUCUGAAAGGCGACCGUGGUACUGCAGGAGAAAGGGGCUCCAAGGGUCACCGGGGUUUAGUUGGUCUCCAAGGACUGCCCGGACCAGUGGGACCACAAGGAAGCAAAGGACCAAUAGGAAACCCCGGACCUCCUGGUGCACCGGGUGAUCCCGGACCAAGGGGACUGGCAGGAAGAGACGGAUCGCAAGGAUUGCCCGGUCAUGUAGGUGCCCCUGGGCCAAGAGGUCCACAAGGUGAAGCUGGCAAGCCGGGCUCUCCCGGAAACCCGGGACCACCAGGACCUCCUGGGAGGCCGGGGGAACCCUUCGGUUAUGACGCCGCAGCCCUGC